AUGUCUGCAUUUUUUGGACUAGGGAAGACGCGCACAUUCAAACCGCGCCGGGACGUACCUGAGGGCACGAAGCAGUAUCAAUUGCGUAAAUAUGCGGAGGCAACGCUUGGGUCCGGAAACCUGCGGAUGGCGGUGAAACUACCAGAAGGCGAAGAUCUCAACGAGUGGCUCGCAGUGCACGCUGUCGACUUUUUCAAUCAUCUCAAUAUGCUAUAUGGUACUGUGACCGAGUUCUGUACGCCACAAGAGUGCCCCAUCAUGUCGGCAGGACCAAGAUAUGAAUAUCUCUGGGAGGACGGUCAGAAGUACAAGCGGCCAACAAAGCUACCUGCUCCCGAAUACGUAGACGCGCUCAUGAACUGGGCACAGAAUAUCCUUGACGAUGAAGCCAUGUUCCCAAAUACCAUAGGUGUGCCGUUCCCAAAGAACUUUAGGGAGACCGUGCGCAUGAUCGUGCGCCGACUGUUCCGCGUUUAUGCGCACAUUUACAGCAACCAUUUCGAUCAGAUCUGCGCCUUAGGCAUUGAAGCGCAUCUGAAUACCUCUUAUCGCCAUUUCUUCUUGUUCGUGCACGAGUUUGAUCUCGUCGACAAGAAAGAGCUGGCACCUCUCGACGAGCUGAACGAGGCUAUCUUGGCCGAAGAUAAGGCCCGGUGA